ACGCUGCCUCAUUUGUACAUCCCCAUCGAGGAUGUAGAGAAACUGGAACGGUACCGAGAAGGAGGUUACCAUCCCGUUUCAAUUGGAGAUCGCUUCCACGGUCGCUAUCGGGUCGUUUAUAAACUCGGUCAUGGCUCGUACUCAACCAAUUAGUUGGCUCGCGAUGAAAGGGUUGAUAAGCUCGUCGCUAUUAAAGUGUGUACUGCAGACUCGGAUCUCCACGAACUUGAGGUACUUUCCUUCCUUUCCAGAUCGCGACAGCGUUCAGGUAAUGAUUUAAGCAAAAUAAUGAUACCCUUGAUCUUGGAUACCUUCAAGAUCCAAGGCCCAAAUGGUACUCAUGCAUGUUACGUGACACAUCCCGCGAGGAUGAGUCUUUGGGAUGCCAAAGAUGGAUCAUACAUUCGCCUCUUUAGGCUAGAAGUGGCGAGGGCCUUGGUAGUAUAGUUGGUACUGGCCGUUGAAUACAUACAUGCGCAAGGUUAUGCUUAUGGUGACCUCCACUUUGGUAACAUUCUCAUUCCGGUCCUUCCUGGCUUUGACCAGCUCUUGGAUGAAAACUUGUAUGAGUUGUAUGGUGAACCCGAGUCGAAGACUAUCAUCCGCUUUGAUGGUAAACAGAUCUUUUCAAGUGUUCUAUCCCAUGCAAUUCUGCCCGUCUGGCUUGGAGAGGCAAGUGAAGAGCUUACACUUGCGGAGGCUAAGGCUUUACUCUCCGAUUUUGGCGAAGCGUUCUCUCCUGCCAGGAAAAACAAGUUCGAGUCUCGCACACCUCUCGUGUAUCGAGUCCCGGAGACCAUCCCUCGGAGUAUAUAACCACUAACUCAAUGACCCCAAGAACAUACCACUUACCUGUUCCAAAUAUUCUACACCUUUC